UUCAAAGACGGUCGCGUCGCGGAUCGCUCGUUUUUUUAUUUACCUUUUUUGCGCCCAAACUACCUAGCUGUCUGCUUUCCCCGUUUCUCACCUGUGUCCGCGCUGUUUGCCACUAUUCACCGAUAAUGCGGGCGGCUGCGAAAAGUGUUGCACCAAAUCGCUCAUCAUCAUCAUCCUUGGUUGCGACUUGCGGUUUCCUUUUUUUUGUUUUUGUGUGCAGCAAAUAACUCGUUUCGCGCAUCGGUGUGCGUGUACCAGAGUUUGUGUGUGUGUGAGUGUGAGUGAUUGUUUGUUUGCUCGCGGCUUUUUUUUCUUGUUACUAGCAUUGUUGUUAUUACUAUUGGAUGCAAAUUUGAUCGAGAAUUUGUCGAAAUAAAACAACAACAAACACACGCGUUUUUGGUGCAAACAAAAAUCAACACGGCGGCGGCGCAAGGAACAACGGAACACAGGAGCUGAAGAAAGAAAAACAAAAACAAACGCAAGCAGCAGCAGCAGCAGCAACAGUUGAGGGCGUCAGUGACGUAGGAGAAGAUGUCAUUGACGAAAAAGGAUCCUUCACUGAGAGUCGCCGCCUCGGAUCCGCAUCUCGUUUCUUUGGGCGGUGGGCGUCUGAGCACCGCCGUAACCAUUCACUACAUACAUAUAGGUGACACGACAAUUGGAUCGGCGGUGAGCUGUAGCAUCUCGUUGAAUGGCAGCGGUGUUCGUCCACUGCAUUGCACAAUAUACAGGAGUGACGCCAACGAGGUGACUUUGGUCCCAGAACAGGACGCACGUCUUCUAAUCGACGGUGCUCCCAUUCUGGAGGAGACGAAACUUAGCCAGGGGGCAAUGAUUACCAUUGGUAACUCGAAUUAUCUAAGGUUCAACAAUCCGGACGAGGCGCAAAUGAUGCGUUCGGCGAUGGGCUCCAACGAACGCAUCUCAAUGCCCCAAAUCGAUUUCACACAAUCGGCAAGGCAGGCCCACGAUUUGAGUCAGUCCCUGGAGCUGGAAUCCUUCUACGAGAGCAUUAUAAAUCCCAUUAAUCACAACAAUAAUAAUCAUAACCCAUCGGCAUAUGAAUUGGAUUGCCCCAAAGUCUUCUCCGCCGAUCUUGUUACAGUCAAUAUGCCGGCCAAGGAUGUGCUUGGUCAGAAAUAUGCCAGCUUUGCCCGCAAUCUUGCCGAGAAUCAUCGCAACGAGAAGCAGCUGAACAAUCAGUUUGCCAAGGGAGUUGGCAACAACAGUGGCUACUGGAAUGUGCCCAGCAAUGCGGCGAUCUACAAGGAACAGCAACAGCUCAUCCAGCAUCAGCAUCAGCAGCAGGCGCAGCAACAGGCACCCACGGAUCACCUGCUCACCAAAGUCAACAACGAUCGGUAUGACAGAUAUCCCAAGAGGGGUCUUCAGAUUUACUCCAUGAAUGGUGUGAAUAAUGAGAUCAAUAAUGGUCUGAUUCCGGGCUCAGUUGGUGGAGGAACUUCAAGCGGAGGAGUUGGAGGUGGUGGUGGCGUUGAACUGGAGGACAUGCUAAAGAUUUGCACGGAAUAUGCAGACAGAAACAACUCCAUGAAUCAUGGACAUAACAAUACAUCCAGUACUUCCUCCAGCAUCACAUCCUCACCGAUUGUCCAGAAUCGCAUCAAAACGAAUGGUUCAUUGCCCAGGGACAAGAAUAAGUCACCAUUUCCCACGCAACAACAGCAGAGUGGCUCAGGGGGAAGCACCGCCAUGUUGAGCAGUUCCUCGGGCUACGAGAAUGUCCGUUUAUUGGGUCCCAAUCGUGUGGAGAUUAAUGGUCAAAUACAUGUGCCAGCCUCAGCUGUAGGCAGCUCAGGCAAUGCAGGUGGAGGAGGAUCAGGUGGUUCGGGAGCUAUACCAACUGCAGCAGUUCGUGCCAGCCAUGAGAAUCUGGUGAAUCCCACUGGAGUGGGCAAAUAUGUGCCACAAAGUCCCAGGACCAAGAUCCGUACAAAUUGCAUGUCACCGAAAAAGGAGAUAUCCUUUGGCAAUGCCUUUGCCCUGGCCAUCAGUCCGCCUCAUCAGCCUCAAUCUCAGGUUUCUGCCUCCGUUCCCAUACCCAUUCCCAAUAUGGUAAAGCCACCACUGGCACCCAAGCCGCCGGCUCCAAAUCUGCAGCGUGACUACGAGCAGCUCUUCAAGUCCUUCGAUCGCAAGCAGAAGCAAUUGGAUCGCUUGGUCUCACCCAAACCUAGGAGUAACAAGAACAUCAACAAUCUCACCUUGAACCUCCAAGCUGUGGAGCUGCAGACGCAGUCACCGAAGCCAAGCCGGAAACCAGCGCCAGCCCCUAGGAGUAUUCAUUUGGAGCAACGCCAGCGGCGAGAGCUUAUCCAGCGGCGUAAGCAGCUCAAGCGGGAACUGGCCGAGCUGCCACCAUCGGCGGGAAUGGAUAGUCUAGAGUUGGAAAUGGAUGAACAACCGCUGGCGGCCACUGCAUCACCUCGAUUGCAGCUGCAGGCACUGCAGCAUCGUGUUCGCCGUUUGGAGGCCCAAAGGAAUGCCACACGGGUCAUGGAGGAGAAUCAGCAGGCCAAGCUAAAGCAGUCCAUCGAAAUGAAGCAGGAUCAGCUGAAAAAACUGCGAGCAAUGUUGAAGCAAAAACCGAAUAAUGCCUGCCUGAAGGAGGAACUGCAGCUGGUGUGCGAGUCAUUGGAGAGCGAUAGAAAGACCUUUGAGGAUCUAGAGUUUCAGUAUUUCGAGGAAGAGUCCGAGCAUCAUGCCAGUCAUGAGGAAUUUAAGCGUCACGAGCAUCGUCUUACCCUUGAAGCUGAGCUGGCCGCUUUGCGUAUACAAAUUGGACCUGGCGAGGAUGGAGAAGAGGAGGCCGAGGAGCCUGAACAUGAGCAUGAUCCGGAUCCAACACCACCGCCUUCGCCAGAAACCAGCAGCGGGAGUAAUCUAAUCAAUGGCGGUGUCAUGUCGCAGUCUCUGUUUGGAUCCGCUGAGCUCCUAUGUCCAAAGCUUCGCAAUCACGAGGAUCUGAUGUCGAAGAGUGUCAAUGAAAAUAUGUUUUAUAACCACAAGAUCGAGGCCACCAUUGGCACUGCCACUGGCAUUACGAGCACACCCAAACGUGUGCCGCUGCAGCUUUUUGAGAACAUUGGAGGAAGUUGUGAGCAGAUUAGCUUCAAUCUAUCGCUGCAAAGCGAUCGAUUUGAGGUGAAUCCCCUAGAGCGUCGUGUGCCCUCGCAGGAUGACAUUGAUCGGAGUUGUAAGGUGGCCAAUGAUGCACCCAUUUCCACCAGUCAGGGUGCCAGCACCAAGAUCUUUGACAGCAUCAAGGAGAUUGAGAGAAAUCGUAAGCUUUUGCUGGCACAACAGGGACAUCAGGUCAUUGAGCAUGAGCGUCAGAAGAUGUACGACCUGAAGAAGAAGAGCCACGACGAGGCCCGCACCCAGUACUUGCUCUCCACGCAGCUUUCCAUGGAGAAGCAGCAGCAGCAGCAGCUGGUAGAAUCGGAUGCCAACGGCGGCAAAGAUGCUCAUUUAUUUGAGAAGGCCGCCGAGAUGCAAAAGCUCAGCAGCAAAACAGAUGAUGAUACACCUGACCAGCAGCAGGUGCACAAGGUAAAUGGUGACAAGGAAAACAGAAAGUCAACCGGCAGUAGUCCCACAACAACAACAACAACAACAACAACAUCGCAACAGCAACGCCACUCGCAACCGGAACUGGAACACCACGCCAUCGCCCUGGGUUUAGGCACUGGCUCGAGUGGCGGCCAAUUGGUGGCCCGCAGUCCACGUCCCCUGUCCGAGGCCAACAAUUGUGAGGCAGCCUUGGAGGCGCCCAAGUUUGCCAAUGGCAUGAUGGACUCGACAACUUCAUCCGCUCAGGCUGGUACGGAUAAUAAGCGGGCCAGCAGUAAUUCCCAGGAUACAGCAUCGGCGGGCAGUGGCAGUGGGAAUAGCGGCAGUGGUGGCAGCACAGCCAGCGAAAGGAAGCGUGUCCUGCCGAAGCAUCAGCGCCCACUGACCCGUUACCUGCCCAUCUUCUCGCCGGAUCUGAAUCUGCGGCAUCACAUCGAGACGGCUGGUCACCAGAUCGAUCUAUGCCCGCACGUCUUUGUUGAUGCCCAAAGCUGUCGGGGAUAUCUGCACAAGCUGGGAGCCACGUUCCAUGCGUGGUCGAGGCGAUGGUUUGUCCUGGAUCGUCAGAGGGGUGCAUUGAUUUACUUCUCCGACAAGUCGGAGCGGAAGACCAGAGGUGGAGCCUAUUUUGCAUCCAUUGACGAGGUCUAUCUGGAUCAUUUGAAUGCCUCGAAGAGCGGCCGACCGCAUUGCACGUUUAUUGUCAAGACGAAGAAGCGAAGCUAUAAUCUGCAGGCAGCCUCCGAUUCGGCGGCGAGAAUUUGGAUCGAUGCCAUUAUAACCGGAGCCCAGGGAAAUCUGGACUAUUAAAGAGCCAAAAAAAAGAAAGAAAACAAAUAACAAAUAACAAACCCAACAACACAGACGCAGCAUUCUUAAUUUAAUAAGUUGAACUAAGUGAGACAAAGAAACAAAGCAUAAACUGUAACCAUAGCCAAGUAAGAUCUAAAAAUCCACAAGCGGUUUGCUCAACACAUGUCCUAUGUGUCCUGUGGUUACAUUUUCGGUUUGGCACAACUAAGUAUGUAAAUCCGAGAUUUUAGUACUGGACCAAAAAGUAAUGAAUGUAUUUUUAUAUACUUAUAUAUAUAGGGAGAGAUAGAUAUAGAGAUAUUGUAUGUGUAUAUUUAGAUACCUAAUGCUUUUACUUUUGUCAUAUUCCUAGUUAUGGACUAUUUUUCUAUUAUAUAUAUGUUUAUAAACAUAUAUGUAUAUUUAAAUAAUGUAUCAAAUGUAUAUCAAGGACAACCCCACGCUACUAACACCGCCAUUAAUUCAAAGCCUAAUCAUAUAGAUGAUAUAUAAUAGCCAAGGUGCCCUGAAAUUCAAAACGUUUCUCUAAUUGUAUGUAUUUAUAUUUUAAAAGUAAGCGUUUGCUCAAAAAAUGAAUUGCCUCGCUAAAUGAAUUGUGUUCAUUACUGAAAAACUCCAUAAAGGAACAAGAAGAAAAAUGGAAGAGAGAGAUAUUCCCAUCUAGGAAUACACAGGGAAAAAUAAAUUGCUCCGCCAAAUGAAUUGUAUACAUCUCAGAGCGAGAGAAAAAGGAGAGAUAGAGCUUUCCAUAUAAAAAUGAACACAACAAAUUUUAAGAAAUGAAUUUUCAGGGCACUGCUAUUAUAUUAAUCACACAUCUUAUGAUCGCAUAUACAUAAUACCUAUAUAACAUAAUAUGUUAUACAAUUUAGACUAUAACUUUAUAUAUACAUUUAUAUCAGUUUGUUUAACGAUUUAAAUAUGAAACACAACCAAAAUGACUCUUGUUUUAUUGUGAAUUUAACUAUUAACUUUUACAUACUACAAGUUAACCAGCAACUACUAUAUUUUAUAUAUCCCUAUAUAUACCAUAUAUAUAUAUUUUGUAUCGGAGAAUAUAGAGUUACUAAGCCCAAGACUAAAACUGAAUAUUGAACGAAAGGAUAAUCAAAAGAGAGAAACACAUAACUAUAAAUAU